AUCGCGCGUGGCCGUCGUCCGGUCGUGUCGAUGAGUUUUGUGUGCGCGUGCGCUGGCCGUUGACCGUUUGGGCCAUGUGACAUUUCGAAUUUUCCGACCGCCGACGCCGUUGUUAUUCAAUUUUUAUUUAUACACGGAAGUGCGUACGCUGUGCACGGUUAUUUUUAUACAUUUUUUCCAGCAAAACCUAAGCAGGCGGUCCAGCUCCGGUUGCGCCACUGGACACAUCCCGCGCCGCCGCCGUUGGCCUAUUUUCAACAAAAAAAAACAACCGACGUAAAUAGACAAAACCCCUGAUAAAGGUCAGUAGCCUUUUACCGGUGUCCGGCGGCGGUCGACCGGUAGACAUCAACAGUUUGUGUCCGCUUCGUUACUUUGGCGGGCGAUGGAAAGGAGUGCUUACCUGUCCGGAUCGUUCGACGGCCUGUCCGGCGGCACCGGACACCACUAUUUCAAAAGUUCCUUCGCCAAAUCCAUGGCGUUGGAAACGACCAAGUCGCUAAACUUCGAUUUGGACGUGGUCGGCAACAGUGAUAAAAAGAUGAACCAAAAAUGUCCACAGAGGUCAAACAAUCGUCGAUGUAGCGAUAGCGACGGAUCAUUUGAGUUCAUCAAAAACGAAUACAAAAACUUACAAAAACUGUACGAAGACUUGAGUGCCAAAUACGACAGACUCAAGCGGAAAGAAGAAGAAGAAGCCAACAAACAACAACGUCAGGACGAGGAGGAAGCGCCUUGCAUCGAGCUAACGUUGGCAAAGUCCCAAGUAGAAACGCUGCAGUGGCAACUGAAGCAGGUCGAUGCCAGCAAUCAAAUGUACAAAGCCGUUCUGGAGCAAGUGUCGAAGUUUUUGGAAAAAGCUCACACGUCCCUAAACACGGCGGUAAUACUGCCCAACCGACCCAAUCUACCUAUAAAAAAUAGGAGACCGUCGUUGAAGAGCAGUCAGGAAGAAUACACCGAAAAGUUAUCCUCGGAGGCGUAUAGACUUCACCGUACCGUUCAAUCCAUAAUCCAGACCAAAGAACCAGACCUAGUCCAACAUCUCCAACCCUACUACAAUAAUGUAUUUGACAAAAAUAGCAAUUCCUCGAUAUGCAGUUGCGAUUCGUUGCCGGCCGUUUGUAACGGCGUGAAAUGCCUAGAGGUGUCCAGCGGUAGUUCUAAUCAAAGUGAAGCCUCCACCAAAGGGUCUGAUUUCUACAAAAAGGACACGGCCAAACAAAAGUCCAGGCCGGCCGUGGUCGAGGACGAAAGCGGCUUCUCGUCGAUAAGUUCACACGACAACAACAACUCUCCCACUUAUCCCGAACUUGGGUUGCCCACUGGCCGCAUACCCAUCGACAAGUUUACCAGACGUUGGUCGAGCGUGUCCAGCACACCUAUCAACCAAUCGUUCAACUAUCACACGACCGCUUCAAACACUUCGACGCCCAUAAAAGUCUGUUGGGUAUAAAAAAACCAGAUUUAAAACGAAUAAAUAUUUGUUUUAAAUGUUUAUAAAAAAUUAAAUGGUAUAUAUAUAUAUACUACUAAUAAAUUAUAAGCAAAUGUUAAUAUAUAUAUAUAUCGCGAAAGACUUAAGUAUUCGGUAACUUAUUUUAUUAUAUUUAUUGUUUUGUUGUUUUUUUUUUUAUUAAUUCAUAAAUUUACUUGAAUCCUUUAUUAUGUUUUGUAUUUAUUUACAUAUAAUAUUAAUACUUCUAUAAGAUGAUCAAUAAAACGUCGUGACAUUAUCGGACAGUGAUUUUAUGCGACCACUUGUGGGUGGCAAUUGAACUGCCACUGAUGUCUUUUAGUUUUUUGUUUUCAUUUUUCCUUUUUUUAUAUAGACAUACUUAUACAUAUUUUUUUAUUGUUACUUUCUUCACUGCGUGUUGCUUGAUAAAACAAAAUUAUUAUAAUACCAAUGAGCAUUCAGAACUAAUCCGAUGUACAAUAUUAUAAUAUUUUCUCGUUUAUCUUAUAUAUAUAUAUAUAUAUUUUGUGCACACGAUUUGUAU